AUGUGCAUGGGUAUGUGGAAGGGAAGAGGGGUGUACAGACAGGAAGAGGGGUGUACAAACAGGAAGAGGGGUAUACAGACAGGAAGAGGGGUGUACAGACAGGAAGAGGGUGUACAAACAGGAACAGGGGUGUACAGACAGGAAGAGAGGUAUACAGACAGGAAGAGGGGUGUACAGGCAGGAACAGGGGUGUACAGACAGGAAGAGGGCAUACAGACAGGAAGAGGGAUGUACAGACAGGAAGAGGGGUGUACAGACAGGAAAAAGGAUGUACAGACAGGAAGAGGGGUAUACCGACAGGAAGAGGGCAUACAGACAGGAAGAGGGAUGUACACACAGGAGGAGGGGUGUACAGACAGGAAGAGGGCAUACAGACAGGAAGAGGGAUGUACAGACAGGAAGAGGGGUGAACAGACAGGAAGAGGGGUGUACAGACAGGAAGAGGGUAUACAGACAGGAAGAGGGAUGUACAGACAGGAAGAGGGGUGUACAGACAGGAAGAGGGGUGUACAGACAGGAAGAGGGUAUACAGACAGGAAGAGGGGUGUACAGACAGGACAAAGGGUGUACAGACAGGAAGAGGGAUGUACAGACAGGAAGAGGGGUGUACAGACAGGAAGAGGGGUAUACAGACAGGAAGAGAGGUAUACAGACAGGAAGAGGGUGUACAAACAGGAACAGGGGUGUACAGACAGGAAGAGAGGUAUACAGACAGGAAGAGGGGUGUACAGACAGGAAGAGGGGUAUACAGACAGGAAGAGGGGCGUACAGACAGGAACAGGGGUGUACAGACAGGAAGAGGGAUGUACAGACAGGAAGAGGGGUGUACAGACAGGAAGAGGGGUGUACAGACAGGAAGAGGGUAUACAGACAGGAAGAGGGGGUGUACAGGCAGGAAAAAGGAUGUACAGACAGGAAGAGGGUAUACAGACAGGAAGAGGGGUGUACAGACAGGAAGAGGGGUGUACAGACAGGAAGAGGGUAUACAGACAGGAAGAGGGGGUGUACAGACAGGAAAAAGGAUGUACAGACAGGAAGAGGGUAUACAGACAGGAAGAGGGGUAUACAGACAGGAAGAGGGGUGUGCAGACAGGAAGAGGGGUGUACAGACAGGAAGAGGGUAUACAGACAGGAAGAGGGUAUACAGACAGGAAGAGGGGUGUACAGACAGGAAGAGGGGUGUACAGACAGGAAGAGGGGUAUACAGACAGGAAGAGGGGGUGUACAGACAGGAAAAAGGAUGUACAGACAGGAAGAGGGUAUACAGACAGGAAGAGGGGUAUACAGACAGGAAGAGGGGUGUGCAGACAGGAAGAGGGGUGUACAGACAGGAAGAGGGUAUACAGACAGGAAGAGGGUAUACAGACAGGAAGAGGGGUGUACAGACAGGAAGAGGGUAUACAGACAGGAAGAGGGGUGUACAGACAGGAAGAGGGGUGUACAGACAGGAAGAGGGUAUACAGACAGGAAGCGGGUAUACAGACAGGAAGAGGGGUGUACAGACAGGAAGAGGGUAUACAGACAGGAAGAGGGGUGUACAGACAGGACAAAGGGUGUACAGACAGGAAGAGGGUAUACAGACAGGAAGCGGGUAUACAGACAGGAAGAGGGUAUACAGACAGGAAGAGGGUGUACAGACAGGAAGAGGGGUGUACAGACAGGACAAAGGGUGUACAGACAGGAAGAGGGGUGUACAGACAGGAAAAAGGGUGUACACAGGAAGAGGGGUGUACAGACAGGAAGAGGGGUGUACAGGCAAGCGACCGUGCGAACAGCUCCCAUGAGAGUAGCUUCAACGUCGAUGGGUGUACGCUGGGAGAAAUGAAUGAGGUUCCGCGUAGAACAGACGUCAUCUUGGGCCUCAUCACCACCUGCUGGUGUGAUGCAAUGCACGUUGACCUCGUUGAAUGUUACUGGGUCAAAAAGUUCUUGGCUUUACAACCUCGCUUCCAUCGAGAAGACGAUCCAUAG